AUGGACUCUCCUCCUGCUUCACCGUCGCUCGUGAACCUCGUGGUGCGCAACGUGUAUACUCCAUCUCAGUCGCUGGCGCUCACGGUCGGUUCAGAGACGCUCGUGGGAGAGCUCAAGCGUCGCCUCAGCGUUGAAUUCCCAUCCUCGCCCGCCGUUUCCGCACAGAAACUCAUUUUCGGAGGCAAAAUAUGCGGCGACGACGAGCCGUUGGAGCUGAUUCUGGCGCAAAUGCAGAGCAGUCACAGCAACGUUGGAGAUAGCAGUGGUGAACCCGUCGUUUUUCACUUGUUGGUGAGCUCCACAGGCGUCCGGAAGAGCGCAGAGCUUAAGACGCUACAGCGACAGGAGUUAGAGGCGCAGGACUCGCCCAGACCCAGUAGCAACACAGCCGCAGAACCCCAAAGCUUCAACACGCAGCCAGAGACGUCAGCGCCUGCACAGCCGCAGUUCAUGUUCGGUCAGACGCCCGUCAUGACGCAGCAACAGCAGAAUUUGUACAGACAGAGCGUGCUCAUGCAGCAGCAAGCCAUGGUGAUGCAGCAGAUCCAGUACCUGCAGAUGAUGCUUAUGCAGCAGCGACAACAGCAAGCAGCACCAGCGCCCGAUACCGCGUUUAGCCACUUUAACGCGCCCUAUGCCAAUUUCUACGGUAUGAUGCAACCCCAGAUGUUCCACGCACAGGCCAGACCGAAUGUUGCACCGCAUGCAGCAGCGCCGACACCUGUGAUUCCAGCGCCCGCUCAAGCACCGGCGCCAAUGGAGCCGCUGGACCGUCCGAUGCUCGUGGAGAUGGCGCGCGGAGUGUUCCCGCUGCUGGACUUCCGUAUGGCGCUCAAGAUGGCAUUCAUGCUGUUUAUCAUCGGCCAGGACACGCCCAUGGACCGCAUCCUCAUGCUGGGCCUUCUGUCCUUCAUCUCGUAUCUGCACAUUACCGGCAUCUUUGCCAAACUCUACGAGGUGUACAACCGACGCCGCAGUGUCAACAGAGACGUUGAACCGAACGCCCCAGCAGACCCCAAUGCGCCUGGAGCGGCGGCGGCGGCUGGAGCGGCAAUCGCUUCCCGAUACAGCAUGUUGACGCGUGUGCUGCGUAUUUCGGCUGACCGUGGCUUCGUUCAGGACGUCAAGUACUUCGUGGUGGGGUUGCUGUUGUCGCUGGUGCCGGCUUGGCACCCACAGCCCAUUCAAGGUGCUGUGCCUAUGGCCGACAACGCAAUGCCGGAUGAUGUACCCAUCCAGGGGAUUUAA